AGUAAUUUUGUGUCUCUGUGGUCAUUUUUUUCUUUUUGGUCAGGUUUGGUUUCUUUGUAGUCACUUUGUGUCUUUUAACUGACCUCUAUGACUUUCAAACUAAAAUAUUCACAAGUCGCCUCAUACAGAGGCUCAGGCCCCAGCGCCUCAGAGGUCAGGGAGAGUAGGCCGCUAGUCCUGUUCGGUAAAUCCAACAUGUCGUCCUACCUCUACACCUGUCUUCUUUGAGUGCGAGUGUGUGUUCGUGCUCGUGCGCGAGGUCGUGUCUGUAGACGUUAGGACCCAGCGGAAACUUUAUCUCUGGUGCUGCAGCCUCUGCGGCUCGUGAGAGCGAGCAGACCGGUUGGUGGGAGAGAGAGAGGGAGAGAGACAGGAAAAGCGAGAGCCAGCAGCGGAGAGAGAAGACCCGGUAGAGCGCGAGGAGGGAGAGAGAGAGAGGGAGCGACGACCGUCAGGGUCCGGGUGCCUGAGGGACGGACGAUACGGAAAGAGGGGAGGACUGAGCGAGUGGGUGAUCUUCCAACCGACCGAUCGACAGACAGAUUGAAUGAAGCUGCACCUGCUGCUUCUGAGGGCCUUUCCCAUGUUUUGAUUUGCUCCAUUUUUUACUUUCUAAACUUGGUUUCAUCAAACCACUCCCUGCCAUGCCGUCAAACUGUCCUGCUGCCACUGACCCACCCCAGACACCUGAGAACGGCACCUCCAAUGAUGUGAGUGAAGAUGGAGCAGACCAAGACAGUCCAGAGGAGGGGACUCCAGCGAGUCCCCGCAACAAGCGCAGAGUGGGCCGUCCUGGCAGGAAACGCAAACAGCUGCUUCCUGAGAUGGCGACCUCUGACCCCUGUGCAAAUGCUCCCCCAACACCGCCUGAGGAGCCAGAGCCCUCCCCUUCCCCUCGCAAGAAGCGUGGGCGUCGGAAACUAGAGCAAACUGAGAGGAACAAGGAUGAGCCAGAUGACAGAAACUGCGACUCCCCUAGAGAGGGUGAGACUGGGAGACUGCGGAGGAGGCCAGUCCCAAGGGUGACUUUCCAGGCUGGAGAUCCAUACUACAUCAGCAGGAGACAGAGAGAAGAAUGGCUCAGCCGCUGGAAGAUGGAGGCAGAGCGACGGGCGUACAGAGAGGCGGAGAUAAACAUGAUGGACGACCUAUCAGAGGCUGAUUUUCAAAAAGAGGAGGAGCCGGCCAGUCCGGCCCCACCCCCUUCACAACAACAUACAGAUCCCGCCUCUCCGACAGUCGCCGUGACGCCUGAACCAGUCGCCAGGGGAGACCAGGCCACGCCCAGUGAGAUUGAGUACCAGGAUGGCCGAGGCUUUGGCAUUGGUACACUGGUUUUCGGGAAGCUGCGCGGGUUCUCUUGGUGGCCUGGCAGAAUCGUUUCCUGGUGGAUGAGCGGCCGGAGUCGAGCUGCUGAUGGCACACGUUGGGUCAUGUGGUUUGGAGACGGCAAGUUCUCUGUGGUAUGUGUGGAGAAGCUGAUGCCUUUGAGCUCUUUCUCAUCUGCCUUCCACCAGCCCACCUACAAUAAACAGUCCAUGUACCGGAAAGCCAUCUUUGAGGCUUUGCAGGUGGCAAGCGUACGAGCAGUGAGGCCAGUUCCUUCCUGUGAUGCCAGUGACGAUGCAGACGGGGUGGAGAUUCAGACCAGACAAAUGAUAGAGUGGGCCAUGACCGGCUUCCUACCCAGUGGUCCGCAAUCUCUGGACCCUCCAGAGGAGGAGCAAAAUCCGUAUAAGGAGGUGUAUCCAGAAAUGUGGUCAGAGCCUGAGGCAGCGUACACCCCUCCACCUGCGAAGAAACCUCGCAAGAACUCAGCUGAGAAAGCAAAGAUCAGAGAGGUGAUCGACGAGGGGACCAGAGAGAGACUCAUAUAUGAAAUCAAAAAGAAAACCAGAAACAUAGAAGAUAUCUGUAUCUCCUGUGGAAGCCUCAAUGUCUCUCUGGAGCAUCCUCUCUUUGUAGGAGCAAUGUGCCAGGGUUGCAAAAACUCAUUCCUGGAGUGCGCCUACCAGUAUGACGAUGACGGCUACCAGUCCUACUGCACCAUCUGCUGUGGAGGCAGGGAGGUGCUCAUGUGUGGUAACAACAACUGCUGUAGGUGUUUCUGUGUAGAGUGUGUGGAUCUGUUGGUAGGAGCCGGCUCGGCAGCGGCAGCCAUCAAAGAAGACCCCUGGAACUGCUACAUGUGUGGACCCCGGAACACGUACGGCUUACUGCGACGCCGGGACGACUGGCCCUGCAGACUGCAGCACUUCUUUGCCAACAACCAUGAACAGGAAUUUGAGCCAGCCAAGUUGUAUCCUCCAGUUGUGGCAGAAAAGAGGCAACCAAUCAGAGUCCUCUCCCUGUUUGACGGCAUUGCAACAGGACUGUUGGUGCUGAAGGAUUUGGGCAUCCAGGUCGACAAGUACGUAGCAUCCGAGGUAUGUGAAGACUCCAUCACUGUCGGCAUGGUUCGACACCAAGGACGCAUCAUGUAUGUGGGAGAUGUGCGCAACGUAACACGCAAACAUAUUGAAGAAUGGGGACCAUUUGACCUGGUGAUAGGUGGAAGCCCCUGCAACGAUCUCUCUAUAGUCAAUCCUGCAAGAAAAGGCCUUUAUGAGGGAACCGGCCGGCUGUUUUUUGAGUUUUACCGUCUGCUGCAUGAGGCUCGACCAAAGCCAGAUGACGAGCGGCCAUUUUUCUGGCUGUUUGAGAACGUGGUUGCUAUGGGAGUCAGUGACAAACGAGACAUCUCCCGCUUUUUGGAGUGUAACCCAGUAAUGAUCGAUGCCAAGGAAGUCUCUGCUGCACACCGCGCUCGCUACUUCUGGGGAAACCUGCCAGGCAUGUCCAGACCUCUGACACCCAUGGCCAAUGACAAGCUGGACCUACAAGAUUGCCUCGAACACGGGCGCACAGCCAAGUUUGAGAAGUUGCGUACGAUAACAACACGCUCCAACUCUGUGAAGCAGGGGAAAGACGAGCAUUUCCCUGUCUACAUGGACAACAAGGAGGACAUCCUCUGGUGUACCGAGAUGGAAAGGGUGUUUGGUUUCCCCGUCCACUACACCGAUGUGUCCAACAUGAGUCGCCUGGCCAGGCAAAGGCUGCUGGGACGUUCCUGGAGUGUCCCUGUCAUCAGGCACCUCUUUGCCCCGCUCAAGGAGUACUUCGCCUGCAACUAGUCACACACCAACUCUUUCUCUCUCACACCCACACAUGCAAACACACACAAAUAGUAUGUAAUGACAGGCGCACACAGGUCACUACACACAGGAUACAAUUCCUACAUGAAGGUUGGCUGAUGCAGGAUGACACAGAUGACCGAACACACACUCAUAUAAAAACACACUCACACACACACACACUGUAAACGACUGCUUUCCUAGAUCCCAUGUAGAACAUUGGCUGACCUUAGUCCCCCUGGUGCUACCUUGCUAAUUUCUACACACACACACACAUCACACACACACACACACAUCACACUGGUGCACACAUUCUGUACUGUAUAUCCCCACACACAACUUCCUGUUCAACCUUGAAACUGAUAUCUUCUGGCUUUACUUUGUCAGUAGCUGGAGUUCAAACCUUGAGAGGGUGCAAAACUGGCAAAGAUGCCCCAACUUUCUGCUUUUAAAAUCUCUUUUAACACGUAAACACCGAUGAACCCACGUCAACACGUAACACUUAACUCUAUUCAUGUGUAGUGACAGUGCUGCUGGUGUAUUACAGUGCAAUGAACACAAACACACACACACACACACACCAGUUAAUGCUCAUGGUGCUGGUCAGGCAGUGAUAGUCCAAAUGGUGCCACUUUAAUUCAACACUUGUACAGUUCUUGGUGCUCUUGGAGACUAAAUGGUCUCUGGUUGUUUCAGUCACUGCAGUUUUGUGUCCCUAGCUGAGUCAAACCAAAUGAUGAUAAGUGAUGGAGGCAACAGGAGCAACAAGAGGAGACCAUGAAUUUUUGAGAUAUAUUUAUUUGUCAGAUUUAGUGUGCAGGGAAACAUCCUAAAGAAUGUGUUCAGAUUGGAUUAGUAUGAAGCUUUUACUGGCUUAACUACAACUAAAUCAGAUUGUAAUUUAUUAUAUUUCUUAGUGGAAGAGCUGCUCUGGAGGCAAGAAUCUCAGUAGAUGAGUUUAAAGCUAGCAAAAAUACUUUUAUAUGGCAAAGAAACACCAAGAAAAGAUAUUCAUCUUCACCGGAGUAAAUCACUUUUUCCCUCCUGGAGUCAUUAAUUCUAUCUAAAUAUACAUGUGACAAAUUCUAGGCAUUCUUUAAUAAGAAAAAAUAACACAAGGAAUAUAAAAUACAACAAAAUUAAAGUAGUUCAUAUAAUUAGUUUAAAACAUGACCCAAUUGGUACAUAAUCUAGAAAAGAUAAGAGCUAAGCCAUAUUAGGGUCCAUGUGUGUUUGUGAGAGCAUGUUUUGUGUAAAGAUCAUAGUGGAAACCCUUGUGAUAGUCUUUUGUAGUGUAUAAAGCGCCAUCUAUUGGACAGAGAAACCAGUAAAGGAAGUGUACAUCACAAGACCACACACUCAUUGUGGCUAAAACACUCCUUUGUGUUGCGGGUCACAGUUGAGGUUAUAUUAUAUUAGAACAAUUAUGAAAAAGACAGAGUAAAUUCAGCUUUAUAAUUAGCAUCUUCACAGGCCACUCUCCUUUACAGUAUGUCUUAGUUGUCAGAACAUACACCCACUAUUACUUAUUGUAUGGAAAAUACAAUAAGCACUUGAAACUUUAUAUUAUUUUGAUUAUUUAUUGGUGUUGUUAGGCAGCAGUUGUACAUAAAGGCUAGAGAAUGCUUUAGGGAAAAUGCUGUGAAAUACUGAACACUAGUAGCAUUUUAACAAUGGCUGUAUUUCUCCACAUAUGCUGGUAUGCAGUACUUUAUAAUGUGCUGUUGUGUUGCAUUGAUUACUGUUCAAUGUUGCUCAAAUGACUGUGAUGGCGUAAAAUUGGAAUAGUACUGUAUGUUGCUUUAAUAGCCUGAUAGUGGCUGUAGCCAGAAGUGUCUCGGGCCUGAGGCUGGAUGUUAUAGUUAAUGUCUGCAGAUGCAUUAGACCCUCCUGUGGUAAAGGUAGUCCCAGCAGUAAACAGUCGUCAGGUGGUGGACACUAUUCUAAGUCUACAGUUGUCAUUAUAUUGGUUGGAAGGUUGUGCUCAAAUAAUCCUAAACCAAAGUCUUGAAAAAGAGCUAUACUGUGAACUAACAAUGAAAGGCAGUCUUUGUUUGUAGCUUGUCUAAUUUUGCUUAGUUUGUUUCCACCCAUCAUGAGAGUGGCUUUAAUUUUGUAUGAUGCAUUAUGCGCCGUUUCUACAUCCUGCUAAGCUAGUUUGUUAGAAUGCUGACCUGCCAACAGCAUGGAAAACCAGCCAACAUCAUCCUAUUUUGCUCAAUUUUGAGUUUUUGAGACUUCAAGAUAUAUUCGUUGCUUAUGGUAUAGUCACAUGUGCAUGCGUAUUUUAUAGUCUUAUGGAGUCGGUGCAGAAAUUUCAUUUUAAUGUAGCUAGACAUUUACAUUUUUUUAUUUCAUUUGAAGCCUUUGCCAGUGAUAAGCAAGUAGCAGACUGUGACUUUAACAAAAAUAUUUGGCCUCUCAAAGAAAGUUAAACUUCUUAAAAUUCAUUGCCAAUAUACAAGACUUAAGUACAUCCCAGAAAAUAUAUAUAUAAACAUAUAUUAAGAGAAUAAUCUGUCUCAAACACAAAUAGAUGGCAGUCUCACAGCAAUACAAAGUCAGCAUGUACACUGCACUGAUAACUCAAAUUUAAUUUAAGAAUUUGUCUUUUUGAUUUUGAGUCCCUGUUGAAGUGUUUUGGUUGGGUGUGGCUAACAUGUGUCACAGAAAUAGCCUGCUAAUAGUUUUCUUAUCCUAAAGCAAAAACAACAUUAACAACAUGUUCAUUCAAUCAUAGUGAAGCUUAGGCCGCUGUCAUUUUAAAUAAGCUGCUGUAGCUCUGUUUGAUACAGUCUGUGACACAAUCCUGCAACAAACCUAAAUGAAAUCAAAUAUUCAUAUAAAUUAUAUUUAUUAUAUUCUAAGUUUUUAAAAACUAACUGAUGGGUUUGUUUUUUUAACCUACUAGGACAAAACAUGAGGGUUUUCUGUCCCUUUAAAAGGUACCACACUAAUAUUUAUAUAUUUAAUCCAGUGAGAUUAUUUCUCCAGAGCAGCUCUCCCUCUGAGCGCACAAAGGUUAGGUCUGUGUUGACUACCGUAUACUGAAGGCACAUCCCACUUCCCUUAAUUGCGUCCACAUUUUGCUCACUUUUGUAUUUUCCUUCCUUCCCCCUAAAGACAAAGGAGGAAUGGAAGGAAAGGAUGUGAGGAGAGAGGAAUCAAAGAAGCAUGUUUUCAGAUAAGACAUCCAUUUCUGAUGAGGGUGGCACAGGUAAUGGUUUGAAAUAGCAUUUUUAUGCUCUGUCCACAUAUAUGGAAGGGCAAGUUUUCACUGUGUACAGAUGAAGCCACUGCUCAGACAUUUCUACUAGCAGAAAUGUUUUUUUAUUUACAGUUAUUUAAUUUAAUCGUUUAUGGAGAUGACUUUUUUUUUCUUUUUCCCCCUUUUUCAGAAUUUACAGUAUUAUUUAUGAUUCAGAUUAAAGGGGACAUGACACAUCAUGCAGAGAGAAAGUUGUUUAUGAUUCUUUUAUUAAUCAGACGGACAGAUACACUAGUUUUAAUCUGAUGGUGCAUAAUACAGUUUGAUCUGUUGAGUCUAUUAUUUAUCUGUCCACUUUGGCAUAAAGCUGUAGUGAUGUUGUCAAAUUAGGACGUGAUCACAUUAGUCAGCCGCGGCUUUUGUUUGCUCUCACUUAAAGAUUCCUCCUCGCUCCAAAUAAGAGCUUUUCAAGAUGGUAGGCCAGAGCAAUUUCUGGGUCAAGCAAGAAGCAAUCGAUUAAGAGAUUUGGGAUGCACCCGGAGGGGUCAGGUUACUUGAGCAGGGUGGAAAGUAAAGGAAGUCAAUGGGGGAUUCAUCCUGAACCUUUCCAGUUAUUAUACAGCUUCUCUUGUGCCUCAGCCCCAAAUAACUGGUCACAGUCCACCAACCCUUGCUGUUAUGCUCCUGCUUUGCUUCAUAGGGAUCCAAAAUGUCCUCCAUUUAUUGUGUCGCAGCGACAUCCACUGAAACCAGAGGCAGACCUUUAGUCUGUAGACACUAUGCUGGUUUUCUUCUUCCUACGACUGAAACAAAUAGUUCUGUAUAAAUAACAGAUACUUCUUUACAUAGAGUAAGACAGGCACAAUUGUAUCACCCGUCUUGGGUGUUUCUUCUGCCUUUUCGUGUCCAAUGCAUGCUGGGAUAAACUCAGUCCCUUCAUGGCCUUUAAUAGGACGAAGCAGGUAAAGAAAGCAGGUUGUCAUCAAGUGUUGCAGACAGUAAAUAAAAUAUAUCCAAGAGUGUUACUCAUAGAGACAGUCUAUGUAAACUUCCCUGUACACUGAUGUAUGUCUUAUUUAAUCAGGGCUGUCUUUUGAGAAAAACAUCUCUGUCAGUCUGGUGCUUUUGGUCCUCAGACGACCGUCUUUUUCCAGGAAGCCUUCCGAUCCUCUGACCUUCCUCAGAUACCAGCUAACAACUGGACACGUGAAGUCUAUGCUCACACACAAAAACCGACAGUAAACCAGCAGGUUCAAAGUAUUUUUCCAUCAUGUUUACUCUCCGUUUAUACAACCAACCUUCAGGUGCUUUUUAAACUCUGCUCUUUUUUACAGUGCUCUUACAGGUCACACACAUACAUACACACACACACAUUUGCUGGAAAAACUGCUGAUGUUCAUGCUUCUCUAAACUCCUUUCGCUACAAAACACAUCAUCAACACACACAUACAUUCAUACACACUGUGUUUUUGCCGACCGCCUGUUGCCGUCAGGCUUCCCACGGCCCUGCUGGGUGUGACAUCAUCACCCUGCGUCGCUUGGUGCUCCCUACCCCCACCCCCCACCCCCCAAAAUCCCUCCCAUCCCCAGGUGCUGCAUGUCAGUCAGUCAGUGUAAUUUCUGAUUCCAUGUUAGAUUAGGGAGUAAUGAUAAUAAUAAUAAUUACAAUAAUAAUCUGUAUUGUGUGUGUGUGUACUGUUCAGGUUGGUGCUCAGUUCAGUUCAGUCUCAGCCUGGAGGGGAGAGAGAGGCUAGAGAAAGCAUAUAUUACAGUUAGUAUAGUGACUUGUUCUAUUGUACCCAAGGAUACCAGAUGAAACUGAAAGUUGAAGCAAUGAGCUGCAGGCCACUCUCAAACAGGAGCAAGUUGAAAUAACACAGAAUGUAGUGUUAUAAAACAGCUUCAUUAAUAAAUACCCUGAAAUCAUGCCUCAGGAUCAAAAGGAACUUUCUUUAAGAGAGAUCAUUUUAUUUCUAGUCUCAUCCUUUCAGAUGAUUAAAAAUGAUGCAAAUGAAACAAUGUGAAAAAUCUUCAGUUCAAAGUGUUUUGGUUUUAUUUAUUUGCACAUGUUAAAGUAAGCAAAAGAUGUAUAAGCGACAAUAAAAAUUAAGGAGAAAGCCCAAAAAGCCUUAUUGAUUAUCUCUCUGUAAGUAUACAGUAGUUCACAACCUCUGAGGAGUCACAAGAUGAUUAGAGGGUUAAAGAAACAAAUCUGUCACACAAAACACUUUACUUUUUACUUUUUUAUUAGAUGCCUUGACCUCCUCUGGGCUAAAAAAAAAAAAAAAAAGAGAGAGACCAGUGCAACAAUCAAAAAUCACCCACUCACAGGAAUAUUGCAUCCUGUGUUGAGGAUUUGAUUUGAUUUGAUUUGAUUUGAUUUAUUCUUUCAAACAUGUAACAACAGUCAGUAUGUAAUCACAC